UGACAUUUUGCCAGCUCGGUUCGAUUUCGUUUGGCAGAUGUAAUUUAAUGAUGUAUUGAUUCAAAUUUAAUGAAAUAUUGAGGUGUAUGAAUGAAGUAACCUGUGUUUAUCAUAACAUAUUCGAGUUUAUUUUUGUAUUGAACGUUAAGUGCGUUUACGAUAAAAUAUGGCAUCUCGCGGAGGUAUAAUGGUAACAGGAACGAACGGAGCUGAUUUCGAACAUCGGGAAAAAAUAGCGAUACAGUAUCAAUUAAGUGCACUAAAUAAAUCAAGACUUAAGUACUGCGUGUUCUUCCAUCAUGUGCUGUUCAUUGUGAUGGUGGCCAAGCUCUCCGCUGACAUACUUGACAAACUUGAUAUCUUCAUACUGGAAAUCGAAGAGUUGCAAAUACCACCGCCCCUCUGGUGGGAAUACAUCUGGUGCCUGUCUUUACUCCUCUCUUUCCUUGCCCUGGCAGCAAUAAAACGAAACAACAUAACAAAUUUACGAAGAUAUAUGUAUGGCAUAGUUUUCUUAGGUUUUGGUCCAUUGUUAUAUUGCCUUAUUUACUAUUGCGGAGAUGUUUGGAGAUACUUGACUAAAGAUGAGGAUGAGGACAUCUCAGAAAUAGAUAUUGAGUUAUGGCAGGGUUACCCGUAUGGCUUGCUGUGGUAUGCAUUUAUAUUUCUAGCGUCUCAAGUUCAUUUCUUCCAAUUAUAUUUUUGUACGUCUCUGCUGAAGGCAUGGCGGGCGCGGGGCGCGCUCAGGAAAGCUGAUUAA